ACAUGUAUAGCUUCGGAACCACAAUCGAAACUCUUGGAAAACUGUCCUCUGAUUUUCCCUUUGUCGAAUAAACGGAAAUAGGAAAACGGACCCGACUUUCUUCAUCAGUCUGAAUUCUGAUUCUGAUCAGGAGUGUUGAAAAAGCAGUUCCAAGCAGGCUUCGAAAAGCAACGAGACCGUGAAAAAGAAUCGGAAGAGCGAAUCUCAAGAUGCCUAACAUAAAGCUGCAGAGCUCUGACGGUGAGGUGUUUGAGGUUGACGUCGAGAUCGCAAAAUGUUCAGUCACCAUCAAGACCAUGUUGGAGGAUCUCGGUAUGGAUGAAGAGGAAGAGGAAGUUGUGCCAUUGCCGAACGUUAAUUCGGCUAUCCUCAGAAAAGUUAUACAAUGGGCUACGUAUCACAAGGAUGAUCCCCCACCACCAGAGGAUGACGAGAAUAAAGAGAAGCGUACUGAUGACAUCAGUUCAUGGGAUGCUGAUUUCCUGAAAGUGGAUCAAGGCACUCUCUUUGAAUUAAUUCUAGCAGCUAACUAUCUUGACAUCAAGGGUCUCUUGGAUGUCACAUGCAAAACCGUUGCCAAUAUGAUCAAAGGCAAGACACCUGAAGAGAUUCGUAAAACAUUCAACAUCAAGAAUGACUUCACUGCCUCAGAAGAAGAGCAGGUGCGCAAGGAGAACGAGUGGUGUGAGGAAAAAUAAAUAAAAAUAAUAACAAAUAUUUCGUGGUUACGAAUAUAUCUUAAGUGUUACACAAUUCGUCAUUGUAUCUCUAGAAUUUAAAUUUAGUAACUUGAUUAUUUUAGCAAAUUUUGUCUUAACAAGCAGGAAAAGUUCUUUAAAAAGAAUGAAAUAAUUGUGGUAAAAAUAUUAAAAUUAUAUAAGCAACUUCUACUCUAUUACUAUAGAUUAAUAUUUAUUUCCAUUAAAUAAAAAUAAAAUAAUUGUAAAUUA